CGGGGCUCAUCACCGUCCAGGGAAGAGUUAUCCAGGGAAGAGUUAUCCAGCUACAGGAACUGCCCAGGACCAACAUGAAGAUCACCAUAGGCUUUUUGAUUGCGAGCGUCCUGCUGAUCGGCUGUUCGUCUAGCCCAUGUGAAGUGGAGUCUCCACCCUGUGACAGUGCACCGCCUCCAACUUGUGGAGGUGUUGGUGUCCCCACAACCAAGAAAGCUGCGACCACUAAGAAGCCGGGCACCACGAAGAAUCCUGGUACCACUAAGAAAACCGCUACCACGAAAAAACCUGGUACCACCAAAAAAACUGCUACCACGAAAAAACCUAGUAACACUAAGAAACCCCCUACCACGAAAAAACCUGGUAACACUAAGAAACCCGCUACCACGAAAAAACCUGGUAACACUAAGAAACCAGCUACUACGAAAAAACCUGGUAACACUAAAAAACCCGCUACCACGAAAAAACCUGGUAACACUAAAAAGCCCGCUACCACUAAAAAACCCGCUACCACGAAAAAACCUGGUACCACUAAAAAACCCGCCACUACGAAAAAACCUGGUACCACUAAAAAACCCGCCACUACGAAAAAACCUGGUACCACUAAAAAACCCGGUACCACUAAAAAGCCCGCUACCACUAAAAAACCCGCUACCACGAAAAAACCUGGCACCACUAAAAAACCAGAAACCACCAAAAAACCCGAUACCACCAAAAAACCAGAAACCACCAAAAAACCCGCUACUACUCCAGAACCCACCACAACGAAAGCUACAACUCCAGAACCCACCACAUCGAAACCCACCACUCCGAAACCGGCCUGUGGUUGCAAGCCAUGUGGACCCGGCGGUAAAGCCUGCCAAGGAUGCCCACCCCAAGACAGUUUGUGCCAGGAACUGUUGAAUGAGAUCGAGGAUUUGGAACGCAAGAUCCGGCAAUGCGUCUGCGGAGAGCCCCAGUGGAUGUUGUAAUACUAAGAAACUGAAUUCGACCUCACCGAACCACCAAAACAUAUCAUUUGAAUCCACCCCAUCCUGCGAAACUGGAACUGAGAACCCGGCUGAUUGACUAGGAUAAUGUACUGAUCACCUUAUAUUAUUACUAUUUUUUUUGUUAUUACUUUUAUAUUAAAAACCCUUGUUAACUCUUUAAACAGCUAUUGUUUUAGUGAAAUAGUACCUAAAAUAUUUUAUUUUCAUUUUCAAAUCAUAUCUUCAAAAAUCAUUUAUGCCAAAAAUUGGUUGUUUUGAAAAAGCGUU